UGUUCAGCAUCAUAGCAACAUGCAAACCUCCACUGAAAGAUGAGUGGUGGUUGUGCAUGAGGUGCAUUGGCUGGGAAUUGAACCCGGGUCUCCCACAUGAACAGCGAGAAUUUACAGCUGAACCAUCACUACUCUCUCCACUAAGAUUAACUAACAUCCUGAAAACAAAAAAAAGACCCUAAGUCCUUUAUACCUUUUGGCUGCUUUUUUCCCCAACCCUCUGUUAGGAUUUCAACCUUUACAUUUUAGGUUGUAAUUUAUUAUUAUAUAGUACCAUAACUUGUGAGGGUCAAUUUGAAUUAAUACCAUAUGCUGGUUUACUGGCCACCCUUCCCGAAUCUAAGGCAACUGUAGAUUUAUUACAUGUUCUAUUGUUAUUGUUUUAAGUUUUAUUGAGAAGGAAAAUAAUCUUUAGUCUGAUCUUGUGCCUUGAAGAGAACUCUUACUUUGUGACUAUAACAGCUGAGGUAGGCAAUUCACACUCACUUGUGAAAUCUAAGCAAAUUUUCUCACCAGUGGCUAUAACAGUAAUACAGUAACCUCGGUUUAAACAGACAUUUGAGACUCACAGUGAAGAAAGGAGCUCUUUUGCCUUAUCUAACACCCCUCUGCAGCCACACUCUGUGGCUGCCCUCCCCCACUUAUAUGACUCUUCUGGUCAUUGCUAAGCCAAGUGUAGUAGUAGUAGUUAAACAGACAAUCAGUUGUACCCGACAGGAUUUUCAUCCUUUUGCUAACAAGAAGUGACAUGUACUCCUUAGGAAAGAGCAUGGAGCAAGGUGUUACUGUUCUCCAUAGCACCUGCAGAACAGGGAUGAGCUAAGGGGAAAAAACAAAUACCAGAAAUGAACCCAAUGGCAACACAGAGAUAGGAAAAACUACAUUGGACCAUUGACCUUAGAAACAUAAAACACGCUCUAGUGGGAAAAUAUUUAUCUUGAAAAGAACAUUGGGAUUCAGAGUGGUAAACUUGCUGUGGUGCUUGGGAAUGUCCUUCAAGGAAUUAUUUUCUGGAGAUGUCAAGAGCAAAGGGUCUGGGCAGUCACUGCUGCCUUAGGAGCACUGGUCAGCCUGAUGUGCCUGCCUGUCCUGUCCUACUGGGGUGUAGUGCUUCUCAGGUCACAGAGUGGCAGCGAGUGCACCCUGCGUCUUGUUCAGUGUUUCGUUUGACUUGCUCACUUGCUUUUGACCUUUUGAUUUUGUCUUAUGACUGAAAUAAUGCUCACUUCACAUGUUGUUCAGGGCAAUGUAAACAUUACACAUAAAUAAAUAUUCGAGCAUUUUUUUUUAAAGAAUUUUAUAGUGGGGAGCUACCUGCAUUGCUUUAGUGUGCUGUGCUUUUGGUGUGAUCCUUGAUAUUGUUCUUUUUUUCCAGAGCUUAGAAUUGCAACUACUGACCCCUACCUUUCAAGGGAUCAGCGGAUUGUUAUUGAAACAGCAUCUAAUUCAGAAUCCAGUCAGUCUCUGGAAGAUUUUAGGGGGCACCUACUAUUUUAACACCUCAAGGAUGAAGCAGAGGAAUAAGGACAAUGACAAAUCCAGGGCAAAGACCCCUGAGGAUGAUGAAGGAAAGGAAGCGGAAAGAACGAGAAGACCAGAUGUACCGGGAACGGCUGCGCACCUUGUUCAUCAUUGCAGUCGUCAUGAGCCUGCUCAACUCCCUCAGCUCCAGCGGCGGCAACAUCUCCUGGAACGACUUUGUCAAUGAGAUGCUGGCCAAAGGUGAGGUGCAGCGUGUCCAGGUGGUACCCGAGAGUGACGUGGUGGAAGUCUACCUGCACCCCGGGGCUGUGGUGUUUGGGCGGCCGCGACUGGCCUUAAUGUACAGGAUGCAGGUCGCAAACAUUGACAAAUUUGAAGAGAAGCUUCGAGCAGCUGAAGAUGAGCUGAAUAUUGAAGUCAAGGACAGGAUCCCAGUCUCCUACAAACGAACGGGAUUCUUUGGGAAUGCCCUGUACGCCUUGGGGAUGACGGCUGUGGGCCUGGCCAUCCUGUGGUACAUCUUCCGCCUAGCUGGGAUGACAGGCCGGGAAGGUGGAUUCAGUGCUUUUAAUCAGCUCAAAAUGGCUCGUUUCACUGUUGUGGACGGGAAGAUGGGGAAAGGAAUCAGCUUCAAAGAUGUGGCAGGAAUGCAUGAAGCCAAACUAGAAGUCAAAGAGUUUGUGGAUUAUCUGAAGAGCCCCGAACGCUUCCUCCAGCUUGGAGCCAAGGUCCCGAAGGGUGCAUUGCUGCUCGGCCCCCCUGGCUGUGGAAAGACCCUGCUGGCCAAGGCAGUGGCCACCGAGGCCCAGGUGCCCUUCUUGGCAAUGGCCGGCCCCGAGUUCGUGGAGGUCAUCGGAGGCCUUGGCGCUGCCCGGGUGCGAAGCCUCUUCAAGGAAGCCCGCCACCGGGCCCCCUGCAUUGUUUACAUUGACGAGAUCGAUGCUGUGGGCAAGAAGCGCUCCACCACCAUGUCCAGCUUCUCCAACACGGAAGAGGAGCAGACACUGAAUCAGCUUCUGGUGGAGAUGGACGGAAUGGGCACGACGGACCAUGUCAUCGUUCUGGCAUCCACAAACCGCGCUGACAUUCUGGACAGUGCACUGAUGCGGCCCGGCCGGCUUGAUCGCCAUGUCUUCAUUGACCUCCCCACCCUGCAGGAGAGGAGAGAGAUCUUCGAGCAGCACCUGAAGAGUCUGAAGCUGACCCGGGCAAGCAGCUUUUACUCACAGCGUCUGGCAGAGCUGACACCUGGAUUCAGUGGUGCUGACAUCGCAAACAUUUGCAACGAGGCUGCGCUGCACGCUGCACGGGAGGGCCACACGUCCGUCCACACGUCCAACUUCGAGUAUGCCGUGGAGCGCGUCUUGGCAGGCACUGCCAAAAAGAGCAAGAUCCUGUCAAAGGAGGAGCAGAGGGUGGUUGCAUUCCAUGAAUCGGGCCAUGCGCUGGUUGGCUGGUUGCUGGAGCAUACGGAGGCUGUGAUGAAGGUCUCCAUUGCACCACGGACCAAUGCAGCCCUGGGCUUCGCGCAGAUGCUGCCACGGGACCAGCACCUCUUCACCAAGGAGCAGCUGUUUGAGCGGAUGUGUAUGGCCCUGGGCGGCCGCGCCUCCGAGGCCAUCUCCUUCAACAGGGUCACUUCUGGGGCACAGGAUGACCUGCGGAAGGUCACCAGGAUCGCCUACUCCAUGGUGAGACAGUUUGGAAUGGCACCCAGCAUUGGCCCUGUCUCCUUCCCCGACGCCCAGGAGAGCCCAACUGGGAUUGGCCGGCGACCCUUCAGCCAGGGCCUCCAGCACCUGAUGGACCACGAAGCAAAGCUGCUGGUGGCAAAGGCCUACAGGCACACGGAGCAGGUGCUGCAGGACAACCUGGACAAGCUGCAGGCGCUGGCCAAUGCGUUGCUGGAGAAGGAAGUGAUAAACUACGAGGACAUUGAGGCCCUCAUCGGCCCACCACCCUACGGGCCCAAAAAGAUGAUCAUGCCCCAGAGGUGGGCUGAUGCAGAGCGGGAGAAGCAGGACUCGGGGGAUGAGGAGGCUGCACAGCAGCCCCCACUCCGUGGAGAGGAACCCGACAAGGAGCCUUCCUGA